GUACAAUUUCAACUUGCUAAUGAAAGCAUCACUCCUAUUAUUAACAUUAAAAAUUUGAAAUAAUUGUGAUCAAAGCCAUAUGUAACCAUAAAACUUUGGGUAAAAAUUAGGCAAUCAUAUGAAUUGGUAUCUAUUUCCCGCGAAAACUAAAUACCACCGUCGGUGCCGAAUUGUUUGGGCGGUGUUGAUUUGGCCGUUUCGAUGUGGAAACCUUUGUGGUGUCGUUUGAUCGGACGCACCACCGACUGCUGAAAUCAAGAUGGCCGUCAAAUAUCCACCGUCGGGCGAUGUUGAUUUGAUUGAUGCACCACUCGCUUUUAACCAACGCGACCGUUACUACGGUUCAUACCUCUUCAAACAAUGUUCGAACGAGAGUGUUUGGGUUAUGGGGAAUCUACGUUACUGCUACUCCUAUGGAGAUUAAUGUGGAGAGCUCUGCGACUACGCUACGACUACAACUAUGGAGAUCCUUUCUAGAAGGAGAGGUCCAUGAAGGAGUUACAGAGAAAAGGUAAAGUAGAAACAUAGUUGUUUUCUGUGUUGAUUUGGGAUUUUCCUCUCUCUCUCUCUCUCUCUCUCUCUCUCUCUCUCUCUCUCUCAUUACCCUGGUGCUUUUAUCAAAAUCACUUACAUAGUCUUCACGCUGUGAAACCGCCUCGCCUUUGUCUCCCACGUGCUCAAUCCUUCUUCACAAAGUCGUAGUCUUCAACUGCCUCGAUUUCGUUCUCCAAUCUUCCUUGCGUAAAAGUCACGUGCGCACACAUCAACUUUGUACCACCACAGUUCAAAUCACGAUACCGCUAUCGAUUAAACAACAUUGUUGUUUCACCCCUCACCACCGCACACUCGCCGCGAGGUUGUUAAUCUCUUGACGUCAUUGACCACACAACACCGUCGCAACUCGCAUCAUAGUUCAUCUUGCAAUGUCGUCAAACCUUGUGGCCUUGUUGAGCUCUCCACGGCUUUGCCAAACUCACAAUGUUGUUUAGCUCGCUAAAUCGUUUGAUCCACAAUGUUGUUUAAAUCUCACGAUGCUGCUAAUCUCACGACACUGAACUAGCGACACCGUUGAACUUCGCGAAGUUGUUUUGGUCUAAACAACACCGUUUUUUAAUACCACAUAUGGGCUAAGAUAUACUAAGUCCACAACCCCCUCGGAAUCCAACAUCACUUUUUGGCACCGGUUCACAACCUAGUUGAAUUCUCAGCAUCGUUUAGCUUUUUGACAUUGUUGAACUUGCAAUGCCGCUAAAUUUUUUUAUCAUGCGGCAUCGUUAGUUCUCACGCGAUGUUGUUUUCUUCCCCAAACAACUAUGUCUGCUUUUUACUCCGUGCAUUGUUUUAUUUUAAACACUAUCGUUUUCUAAUCCCCGGUGUUGUUGAUACCUCCUGCGAUGUCAUUUUCAACUAAACGACACUGUCCAAACAAUAAUUAUUAAAAUUAUUAAUUAAUCAAAACCGACCAUUCUAAAAAUUAGGUCAUCGCGACAUUGUUUUCAAUAAACAAUGUCGCUCUAGUUAUCAUGGCCGACUUUGAAUUCCAUGGCUCACAACUUUGUUUUACUCGCGAUGUCGUGUAAACCAUUGCAGCGUCUUUGAGAUCUCAACCUUGCAACGCCGCUGACCUCGCGAUGAAAUAAUUUUAGGUGUAAACAGUAUCCCAUAAUAAAACUCUAUGUAACCUUACACUAAAUUUCAUGUUGACAAAGAAUGAGAGAGAUAACUCAUUUAUAAAAUAAUAAUCAAAUUUUAAUUGAUAAAAUAAAUUUUGAGAUGAGAUGGAGGAGUUCUUGUUACAACUGUAAAGUCAAACUCUCUCUAAGUAGAGCAGUGCACAGAUGGAUGACCUCUCGGAAAGUUAACAUGAUGCACCAAAAAGAAAAACAUAUGGGAUAGAUUGAAAGCGGACAAUACAUUGGUCAUAUAAGAGUUGGCUUAGAAAACGUAUAGGUACAAACUAAAUGUAACAAAUAUGAUCGUAGUAAAAAAAGUUUGAUUUGGUAUAACUUUUCGAGAUUUUCGAAGAUCUCGAAAAAUUAUGCAGAAUAAAAAAUUGCUACGAUCGGAUAACUGAGCACAAAUAACGACUGGUUAAAGGUUUGACCUGGCUUAGGUAUAAAUCGUAGGGGUCCUCCCAACGAGGUUCGCUUGAGUUGUCCGCUAACCAUAUUGAUUCGGUGGCUGGAUCGCUUUUUUCGGCUGCGAUCCGAGCUACUUGGAAAUGUUUUCGCUCCUCUUUCUGCAUACCAACACCAUCCUUCGUCGCCCCAUCAUCCCCCAAUCGGCGCCACCGCUUAACAACCCAUCAUCCCCUCAUCGGCGAUCGCAACCUUUCCCUCUCCCUGAUGGCGCGUUCCCCACCGCCGUUGUUGCCUGCUUGCCACUUUCCUCUUGUGCACCGCCCUCCUCUUCAGGUGCUCACCAUCCCCCCAUCGCUGCCAUCACAUAUGUCGAUUUGGGCUCAAGUCUCUGCCGACGUUGUCGCCAUGGGAGCACGAGGUUUACUUUCAUUAGAAGCCAUUUAAUUUUCAUAUUGGUUGCACAUUAAUCACUUAAAUUCAUUUGGUUGCAACUAAAGCACUUAAACUCAAAUUUCGUUGCACAAUUAUAUUUUCCGUCCAAAAAUUUAACGGCGAGUAUGAAAAAUUGUGUUUGGUGAUUCCUUCUCUUGCCCAUCUCUUGAUCAUGCAUCUACUAAAUUGUGUUGCGAAUUUUUUUAUAGUGAUUGCUCCUCUUUUAGUGACUAGAUCUUUUGACUUUCAUCAUGGCCGGUUCUAUAGGGUUCAAGUGGGUCCCACCAGUUUUAUAAUUUAGACUGAGUUGACAUGUUUAUGUCGAUGAAAAUUUAUGCUUUCAUACUCACCGUUAAGUUUUUGGACAGAAAAGCCAACUCUACAACGAAAUCUGGGUUUAAAUGUUUUAGUUGCAACCAAAUGAAUUUAAGUGGUUAAUGUGCACCCAGUCUCAAACUUAAAUAACAUCUAAUGUAAUUAAUCCGGGAGCAUGACUCUCCCUUUCCCCCACUGUCUCUGUGCAUAUAAGGUUAGUGUCUCUACCUACCUUCGUCUUUCAUAUAUGUUAUUUAUUUAUUUAUUUUUAGAUGUGACUUUUUUGCUUUAGGUCGAGUGGUAGUUUUUUCCCCAUCUAGUCAUAGUGUUAUCACUAUAGUGGUAACUUUACCAGGUGGAGUGACGUUUACUACCUAAAGGCAACUUGGGCAUGCCAAAAUAAUAUUUUAUGUUGAUUAAUUUUUUUUGUACUAAUUAUAAUUCGGGAAUAAAAAAUUUAUAUUAAAUGCAUUGCUUUUAAAUCUAAAUGCUAAAUUACAUACGUUGGUCUUUCUAUUUCUCUCUUCCUUGUUCAAUAGUUUUUUUUUGUCUUCAACCGACAAGAUUUUCGCCGAUUAAAUCCCUCCGUCAGACUCUCUCCAGCCACCUACAAAAAUGUAACUCUACGUUAGAAAAUGUACCACUCCAUCUAGUAACAUUACCAUUGCACUGAUAACGUCACCAUUCCACUGAUAACGCCAUCACUACACUGAUAACGCUACCACUCGAGUGGAGCGAUAACAUUAUUAGUGCGGUAGUAGCAUAAUCUAUAGAGUGGUAGCAUUAUCAGUGCAGUGGUAUCGUCACCAUAUGGAGUGACAACGCUACCACUCCAUCGAUAAUGCUACCACAACACUGAUAACGUUACCAUUGGUAGCUUUAUCGAUGGAGUGGUAACGUUAUCAGUGUAGUUAUAAAUCUACCACUAGAAAAAAAAACUACCAUUGGACCUAAACAAAAUCAAAAUUGAAAAUAAAAAAACCACAAAUAUGAAAAAAUAGGGGAUGGGAGGAAGAGUAGCGGCGGAGGGACGCGCAUUGGGAGAGGCGAACAGAGAAGGCGACGACUGCGUCCCUAGAGGAGGGCGGCGAGAGACAGGACGGCGGUCGACGACAGUAAGGUGACGACGGGGACGUGAGAUUGGAACGUGACAGGCGAUCUCGUUGCAGUCGGUUGGAGAUUCCUAGGGAUGGGAAUGCAACGGCCGAGAGGAGAUUUGUCACGACUGAAUGAUGAGUUUGAGGGUAGAUGUGGAGAGGGAGUCUCUUCGGCAAAAAAUGAAGGAUUGAGAGGAGGGAGGACGACGAUAAAAUGGAGGAUUUUAGAAUUAUGGUGUUAAUAAUCCCAUAUAGUUACAUUUUUCUCUUCCAAAAAUACAUUUGGUUUAAUCUCAUCUCAUCCAUCAAUUUAAAAUAAACAUGAAAGAAAAUAGAUUCAAUGGCGUAUAGGAUGGUUGUGAAAAUCAUAAUCUCUUGUGAUGAGAGAUCCCUCCCCACUGUCUAAUGAUGGAAGAAAGAAAGUGAUCAUUAAGAUGUGAAAUAUUUUUUGAAGGCAAAUAUAAUAUUUUUUUUUUAUAAUUCAAUUGGUCAAACGUGUUAUUUAACCCUAAUUUAUAAUCCCCUAGGUUGGAUUAAUCUAAUAGCCAGCGAUGACGCGGCGACAAUUCGAUCCGUUAGAUUUGUCGGCAGCGCAACUAAUUACUGAAACUGCCAUUACCCGCCAUUCUCGCUUUCCUUCUUUCUUCAUUCAAUUUCUCUCCUCAUCUCUCAUCCUCACAAUUCGAUCCAGAUCACGGCUCUACAGUCUUCACACUCUCUCUUCACUUUAGCUGCUUUUACUAGAUCCUAGGCACCAACAGAAGAACGGAUGGAAGGCUUGAUCAAGGGUUUGGUUAACGUCGCGAUUGGCCAUGGCGACGACGGCGAACGCGACGAACAGCGCCCCAGAUCCUCCUGGGCCGAGGUUGUCUCCGGUGAAAAUGACGAUCAGGAGUCCGGCGGUAGCCAUCCUAGCCGACGUCAGCCUUCUCGGCCGACGGAUUACUCGGCUUCCGAGGAUCGUAGUGGAGGAAGGAGAGGUGAGGAAUGGGAGUCUGCAGAUUCGAAUUCUUCGAGACGACCUCAAAAGGCUGCCUAUGAAGGACAAGAAAGUGAAGCCAAGGUUGAUCACAGGAGAAACCAGUGGGGAAGAGAGGAAGGAAAAGAGGAUAGUAACGAUGGCUGGGAAACUGUUGGCAAGAAGCAUCCUAAACAGCCGCACAAGGUGGUGAAGGAUAACUGGAAUUCAUAUAAACAAGCUCCAUCCGAGCAACAAUACUCGGAAGAGUUUGGAGAGAGUUCUGCUUUGGAGCCUACAGAACAGGAACUCUCAGACCUGUCAGCUGCUUGCAACAAACUGUGGGAACUCGAUACAAACCGGUUGGUUCCUGACAGGGACUAUCAGAUUGAUUGUGGAGAGGGGAAGAAAGUCUAUCAGAAGGAUGACAUGGCGGAAGGCUGCCUGUUUAGCUGGUUGAGUGAAGAUGUGUUUAGAAAGCCUACUUAUUCUCGUUUUUGCUCACUGCUGGAUAACUACAAUCCGAAUGCCGGGAGUAAAGAGGUUGUCACAUCUGAAGAGAGGCAAGAGCAGGCUGGUUUUAUUGAAGAAAUCAGCAGAACCGCACCUAUUAAGUACCUCCACAAAUAUCUCACUGCAAAGGGCAUGAUAUCUGGAAAUUACCAAGAGUUUAAAAGAACUUUGUCCAGCCUAUGGUUUGAUCUCUACAAUCGAGGUGGAACAUCUGGUUCCUCAUCUGCUUUUGAGCAUGUGUUUGUGGGAGAAAUCAAGCAGUGUGGGGAACAGCAAGUUUCUGGGUUCCACAACUGGCUUCAGUUCUACCUAGAGGAAACGAAGGGGAACGUGGAUUACCAAGGAUAUAUCUUCCCUCGCCGGCGUGGACAGAUUCCGGACUCCGAGAGUCAGUUGCUGACAAUUCAGUUCGAAUGGAACGGAGUUCUAAAGUCUGUGUCCAGCACGUUAAUUGGUGCCAGCCCAGAGUUUGAAAUGGCCCUCUAUACCCUUUGCUUCUACGCCGGAGGAGAAGAGAAUCAUGUUGAGUUAGGUCCAUAUUCCGUGAACAUAAAAUGCUAUCGCUUUGGCAACAAACUAGGAUCUGCCUUCCCCAUGGCCGAUUCUUGAAAACCUAUUCUUUCGUGCUGUUAUUAUUGUUUGAAUUUAACUGAGCUUUCUAGCUACCUGUGUAGUGCUACUACUUAUUAAUGGUGUGUAUCAGUGUAUAUGUACUGCCGACGAACAGAAAGGGCCCAUAUUCAGAUUCAGUACAUUAGAUCACCACAUCAGUAACAAUGGUCCUCUGUAGUGAUAAGAAGCAUCUAGCCAUUGGCAACGAUGACCAGAAGGAAGGAGUGUAAGAAAACUUGAGUGGUUUGAACUUUGAACUUUGAAGAAUUGUUCAGUAUGAAUGUACUUUUGCUGUGAUUGAGAAGAACUAUGUAUCCAUUUGUUUCAGCUGGUUGGAGUCUACAGAUUGUUUAUUUGUAGUACCAAAUAUGGGAUGUUGAAGUGUGAUCGGUUAAUUUUUUGGAAGACACUCUUUUGUUGUCGUGAGAUGGUUUGUUGCAAAAUUGGUCACUCAACUUGGAAUUAGAGGUGGCAAAUGGAUUGAUCCAUGGAUUGGUGGAUUCAUGGAUUGGAUCAAAUGGAUUGGUGGAUUAUCCAUGAAUCCAAAUGACAUCCUCAAUCAAGGACCAAUACGUAAAAUGUGAAAAGUUUAGGUACUAAAAUGUCAUAAUGAAAAAUUUUAGGUACCAAAACAUGAUUUUCCAAUGAUAUUUUUCGCAUUAAAAAUUAAAUUUUGGU